GUAGUCAGGGUUUUGAGUGUGUUAAUUGGGGGAUGGUUAGGUUCUGAUUGAAAUUGAUUUAGGAUAAUCUAUGGUUUUUUUAAAUUAUAAUAGUUAAACUGGGGCUAUUACGUGAUCAUAUGAAAGUUAAUUCUAUUUUUAAGCCGUCACUAUUUACAAAUUUAACUCGCCCCAAAUUAGAAUUUAAUGGUAUAAGUUAUAAUUACCAAAGUUGUAGCUGGUGGACUAUUUCGUGAUCAUAUGAAAAUGUUAUUUUCUCAUUCCCGGCAAACAUUGGGAAUUCUAGUUUGUUUCUUAAGCCCCUUUCAUUCACAAAAGAAAAAGUUAUAAUUGAACGAAAAUCACAUGAUUGUUACGUUUAAAGCCUAAUUAAGCAUUUUAAUGAAUGAUUAACUAAAUUAAAUUUUAAAUUAUAAUUGAAAGACCAAAUAUAUAAUUAAGUCUAUAAUCAUAACAAUAAGUCAAUUAUAUGUUUUAUUUUUUUGGUUGAGUGAGUAUAUCAAAGCCUCUUUCUAUCGCGUUAAAGCUUUAAGUCAUUCUUUCUCUACUGGCUACGUAACGACUAACGACGCACUCUACUCUCUCUUAGGGUUUCUUCUCCCGCCAAUUUCCCCUCUCCCCCAUUCAAUUCCAAACCCUAACCUCACUCCACCCUUGCCGGAACCGCACCUUCGAUUCGACCUAGGGUUUCACAGUUUCACUCCGAGCACGCACGCACGAACUUCACGAUGCCGUCGCUACUCUCCCCGGGCAAAAUCCACUGCCUCGAGGUGGAGAAUUUCAAGUCCUACAAGGGCUUCCAAGUGAUCGGUCCCUUCUACGACUUCACCGCCAUCAUUGGCCCCAACGGCGCCGGCAAGUCCAACCUCAUGGACGCCAUCAGCUUCGUCCUCGGCGUCCGCACCGGCCAGCUCCGUGGCGCGCAGCUCAAGGACCUCAUCUACGCCUUCGACGACCGCGAGAAGGAGCAGAAAGGCCGCAGAGCUUUCGUCCGCCUCGUCUACCACCUCGCCAACUCCACCGAGAUCAAGUUCACUCGCACCAUCACCAGCGCCGGCGCCAGCGAGUACCGCAUCGACGAAUCCCUUGUCAAUUGGGACACCUACAACAACAGACUUAAGUCCCUCGGCAUUCUCGUCAAAGCUCGCAAUUUCUUGGUCUUUCAGGGUGAUGUGGAGUCUAUUGCGUCGAAGAAUCCCAAAGAGCUCACUGCACUGGUGGAACAGAUAUCCGGCUCUGACGAGUGCAAGAGGGACUAUGAGCAGUUUGAGGAGGAAAAAGGUGCUGCUGAGGAAAAAUCAGCGCUUGUUUAUCAGAAAAAGAAGACUGUGGUUAUGGAGAGAAAGCAGAAGAAAGAACAGAAGGAAGAAGCAGAGAAGCAUCUCUGUCUGCAACAAGAACUGAAAUCUAUGAAGGGAGAACAUUUCUUGUGGAAGUUGUUUAAUAUACACAACGAUUAUGCUGAAACAAUUAAGGAUCUUGAAGAUGAGGAAAAAAGUCGUGAAGGUGUUGUUAAAGAACUAGAAUACUUCGAAAGUGAAGCUAGUAAAAAGAAAAAAGAACAGGCCAAAUAUCUGAAAGAGAUUGCACUACGUGAAAAGAGAAUUGCUGAGAAAAGCAACAAGCUUGACAAGAGUCAACCUGAGCUUCUGAAGUUAAAGGAGGAAAUGACUCGUAUCACUUCAAAAAUUAAAAAAGGGAAGAAAGAGCUUGAUAAAAAAAAGGUUGAGCGAACGAAGCAUGAUGCUGAUAUAGCAUUACUACAGAAUGACAUCCAGGAUCUUACAGCCAAAAUGGCAGACCUUCAGGAAAAGGGACGAGAUGUUGAUGACGAGCUUGAUUUGCAAGGCAAUGACUUGGAAGAAUAUUUUCGCAUCAAAGAAGAAGCUGGGAUGAAAACUGCAAAGCUUAGAGAGGAAAAGGAGCUUCUAGAUAGGAAACUAAAUGCUGAUAGUGAAGCUCAAAAGAACUUGGAAGAAAAUCUUCAACAGUUAAGAAACAGGGAGUCUGAACUGAAUUCACAGGAAGAACAGAUGCGAGCAAGGCUUGAAAAAAUUCUUGAUAAUUCUGCAAAAAAUAAAGUUGGCCUUGAAAACUUGAAAAAAGAACUACGCGUGAUGCAGGACAAACAUCGUGAUUCCAAGAAAAAAUAUGAAAAUUUGAAGUUAAAAAUUGGUGAAUUAGAAAAUCAACUACGUGAAUUGAAGGCUGAUAGAUAUGAGAAUGAGAGAGAUGUUAGGUUGUCUCAGGCUGUUGAGACUCUGAAACGCCUGUUUCAAGGAGUUCAUGGUCGUAUGACUGAUCUUUGUAGGCCAACACAAAAGAAGUAUAACCUAGCUGUUACCGUUGCUAUGGGUAAAUUUAUGGAUGCAGUCGUAGUUGAUAAUGAAAAGACCGGGAAGGAAUGCAUCAAGUAUUUAAAAGAUCAGAGGCUUCCUCCCCAGACAUUUAUUCCUCUGGAAUCAGUUCGGGUGAAGCCAAUAAUGGAAAGAUUGCGCACAUUAGGGGGUACAGCAAAACUGAUUUUUGACGUGAUUCAGUUUGAUCCCUCCUUGGAGAAGGCAAUUCUCUUUGCUGUUGGGAAUACUCUUGUUUGUGAUGAUCUUGAGGAGGCCAAAAUUUUAAGCUGGAGCGGUGAGAGGUUUAAAGUUGUAACUGUGGACGGAAUUCUGUUGACAAAAUCCGGCACAAUGACUGGGGGCACUAGUGGUGGAAUGGAAGCAAGGUCAAAACAGUGGGAUGACAAGAAAAUUGAAGGACUUAAUAAAAAGAAAGAGCAGUAUGAAUCAGAAUUGGAAGAGCUAGGAUCAAUAAGAGAUAUGCACCUUAAAGAGUCUGAAGCAUCUGGAAAAAUUAGUGGGCUUGAGAAGAAAAUUCAAUAUGCUGAGAUUGAAAAGCGAAGCAUUGAAGAUAAACUUUCAAAUUUGAGCCAAGAAAAAAAGACCAUCAAAGAAAGAAUUGAAUGCAUCAGUCCAGAACUGCAGAAGUUAAAUGAUGCUGUUAACAAGAGCAAUGCAGAUGUACGUAAGCUUGAGAGGAGGAUAAAUGAAAUUACUGAUAGGAUAUACAGGGACUUCAGCAAGUCAGUUGGGGUUGCAAACAUCCGUGAGUAUGAAGAAAAUCGACUCAAGGCUGCUCAAAGUAUAGCAGAGGAGAGGCUGAACCUGAGUAGCCAACUUUCAAAAUUAAAAUAUCAGUUGGAGUAUGAACAAAAUCGGGAUAUGACUUCACGAAUUCAAGAAUUGGAAGCUUCUCUUGGCACUUUAGAGAAAGAUUUAAAACGUGUACAGGACAGAGAGGCUGCAGCAAAGUUAGCAGCUGAGAAUGCUACAGAAGAGAUUAAUCAGCUUAAGGAGGAAGCUAAAGAGUGGAAAUCAAAGUCAGAAGAUUGUGAAAAGGAAAUCCAAGAGUGGAAGAAGAAAGCUUCUGCAGCCACAACAAACAUAUCCAAACUUAAUCGUCUGAUACACUCUAAGGAGGCACAGAUUGAUCAGUUGAAUGUGCAAAAGCAGGAGAUAUUAGAAAAGUGUGAACUAGAACAGAUUAGCCUCCCAGUCAUACUGGAUCCUAUGGAUACUGAUAUCUCAGUUCCAGGUCCAUCUUUUGACUUUCAUCAACUAAAUAGGGCACUGAAAGAUAGGAGACACUCAGAUAGGGAUAAAAUUGAGGUAGAGUUUAAGCAAAAAAUGGAUGCCUUGAUAUCUGAAAUUGAAAGAACUGCACCAAAUUUGAAGGCAUUAGACCAAUAUGAAGCUCUGCUAGAAAAAGAGAGAGUUGUAACUGAAGAGUUUGAAGCUGUCAGGAAAGAGGAGAGGGAAAAAACACAGAGAUUCAAUGAGGUUAAGCAGAGAAGGUACCACUUGUUCAUGGAUGCUUUCACCCAUAUAUCUGGUAAUAUAGAUAAAAUUUACAAACAACUUACAAAGAGCAACACGCAUCCACUGGGUGGAACAGCAUACCUAAACUUGGAAAAUGAUGAUGAUCCCUUUCUACAUGGCAUCAAGUACACUGCUAUGCCCCCAACAAAGCGCUUCCGUGAUAUGGAGCAGCUAUCUGGUGGGGAAAAGACAGUUGCUGCACUUGCAUUGCUAUUCUCCAUCCAUAGUUAUAAGCCUUCACCAUUCUUUAUAUUGGACGAAGUUGAUGCUGCAUUGGACAACUUGAAUGUUGCCAAGGUUGCUGGCUUUAUUCGUUCAAAAUCUUGUGAAGGAGCAAGGACUAGUCAGGAUGCUGAUGGUGGAAAUGGUUUUCAGAGUAUAGUGAUAUCACUGAAAGACACCUUUUAUGACAAAGCCGAAGCAUUAGUUGGGGUUUACAGAGACUCUGAAAGAGGCUGUUCGAGAACUCUCACAUUUGAUUUGACUAAAUACCGAGAGUUCUAAAAUUCAUCCACAAGGUACAGUUGAUAAGCCGCCUGUUAUAUGUACCGCAUUCAGAGGUUGGUUGCAUUUUUAUUUCUUGUCUGGAGGUGGCCAAACUAAUGUGAAUCCUUCUUUUCACCCCUCUUCAAUUUCUUGUGUUUUAAGUUACCAGUUGGGUUCUUUUUAAAAACUAUUGUAAAUAGGAUUUCCUCAGAUUAUGUAGAAUACAGUAGCUAGAUGUCCAAACGUUCGUUCUUGAAUUAUAUUUUAUUCAUUUAACUUUUUCUCUGGCUUGACUAUUACUUUCUUGCAUGUGAUGCAUAGCCCUAAAGCUCAAAUAGGCAUAAGGAUUGAAGCAUCUUUAUGAACUAAAUGAAAGAAGAGGCCAAGUUUGUCAAGUAAUUUGCAAAGAAACAAUUGUUGAAUUGUCAA